AUGGCAGCAACGGUGAUGGCCUCCAUGAGCUCCCUCGCCUUCGCCACCGCCGGCGCGCGUCGUGCCGGCGCCUUCCCGGCGUCUGCGCUCGCGCCGCGCCGCCGCGCCUUGGUCGUGAGGGCGCAGAGCGAGGACGUUGAGCCAACGGAGGAGACGACGACGCCCAAGGCGAAGGCGGCGAUCCCCGGGCUGUGGGACGCGCUGGCGUUCAGCGGGCCGGCUCCCGAGCGCAUCAACGGCCGGCUCGCCAUGGUGGGCUUCGUGUCCGCGCUCGCAGUCGAGGCAUCCCGCGGCGGGGGCCUCCUCUCGCAGGCUGGCAGCGGCUCCGGGCUGGCCUGGUUCGCGGCCACGGCCGCCGUGCUGUCCGUGGCGUCGCUGGUGCCGCUGCUCAGGGGGGACAGCGCCGAGGCCAGGAGCGGCGCCGUCAUGAGCGCCGACGCCGAGCUCUGGAACGGCCGCUUCGCCAUGCUCGGCCUCGUCGCGCUCGCCUUCACAGAGUACCUCACCGGCGCCCCGUUCAUCAACGCCUAG